GGGUGUGCGGAGGCCGCUCCGUGGGUGGCGGUUAGGGGGAUGGGCCACUUUUCCGACGAACUGACUUCGCCACUGGAAGUCAACACAGCAGAAGCGAACACAUCCCUCCGCCCUUGGCCCCUUCCCGGCGCCGCGAUCCAGGGACCAGCCCCAGCGCGUCACCAAAGCUCUAGCGCAGGCGCCUUAACUCCUAGCGUCUCCGCCCCUUAGAAACCCUCCCGCAUCUCGGGGCGGCAGCAAUAGUCAAUGAGAGAAGAGCGGCGGACACCGGGACCAAUAGGCGGUGGCGACAGUGCAGAGUGCGGUUGCCAGGGGGCGGGUCCCGGCUGCCUGCCAGGCUCGCCACCCCAGCGGCGGCGUCGGGGGGUCUGGACGUGGUUGCCACUUCCUGAGCUGUGGGGAUGGAGGCGUCGCGCUGCCGACUCGGACCCCGCGGGGACAGGUCCGAGAGGGUGGUGGCUGGUUUCGUCUCGAGCGGGGCGGAAGGAUGGAGUGAGACUGUGGCGGUCCUCUGGGAGCUCUGAAGAGAGGGCGGUGGGCUUGGGGUGUGGAGUGCCUUUGAAGAUGAGACCAUGAAGCUUCGCCAGCUGAAACUAGAUAAUCAGAGAGCACUGCUGGAGAAGAAGCAGAGAAAAAAGCGCCUUGAGCCACUCAUGGUACAGCCAAAUCCAGAAGCAAGGCUACGUCGCUCAAAGCCAAGAGGUAGCGAGGAGCAAACUCCUUUGGUGGAGCCUCAUACCCCACAGAAUGACGUCAUCCUACAUGGCAUUGAUGGUCCAGCUGCCUUUAUAAAGCCAGAUGCUCAAGAUUUGGAAACCAAACUUCAUGUUCUCUCAGUAGGCUCUUCUGCUACAGAAGAGGAUACUGAAGGAAGUGUUGAUGGGGAAAGCACCAUGGAUACUGCACCCAAGCCAGACCUCCAGGAGAUUCUCCAAAAACAUGGUAUCUCAGGUAGUUUGAACUUUGAUGAAGAGGAGACUGAUGGGGAAGAAGAAGGAAAAAAAUUAUGUCAUUUGCCAUAUUCAGAUGCAGAGACACCCAAUUCUGCAUCCAGCCAGAAAUCAACCACAGAUACAGGAGCUUCUGGUACUGCAACCCAACAAACUGACAACCAGCUGGGAGAAGUGGAGAAUUUGGAGGACUUUGCAUAUAGUCCUGCCCCUCGAGGUGUUACAGUGAAGUGCCGGAUAACCAGGGACAAAAAAGGAAUGGAUCGGGGUCUUUUCCCCACUUACUAUAUGCACUUGGAAAAAGAUGAAAAUCGGAAGAUAUUUCUUCUUGCAGGUAGAAAGCGGAAAAAGAGCAAAACAUCCAACUACCUUAUCUCCACUGAUCCAACAGAUUUAUCUCGUGAAGGGGAAAGUUAUAUCGGCAAACUCAGAUCCAACCUCAUGGGGACCAAGUUUACAGUGUACGACCACGGUGUCAGCCCGGCCAAGGCCCAGGGCCUGGUAGAGAAGGCCUACACCCGGCAGGAGCUGGCAGCCGUCUGCUACGAAACAAAUGUACUUGGAUUUAAAGGUCCUAGGAAAAUGUCUGUGAUCAUUCCAGGCAUGAGUAUGAAUCAUGAACGGAUCCCAUUUCGGCCACGAAAUGACCAUGAGAGCUUGCUUUCCAAAUGGCAGAACAAAACCAUGGAAAACUUGAUUGAACUGCACAACAAGGCCCCAGUGUGGAAUGAUGACACGCAGUCCUACGUCCUGAACUUCCACGGCCGGGUCACACAGGCAUCUGUGAAGAACUUCCAGAUAGUCCACGAGAAUGACCCUGACUACAUCGUCAUGCAGUUUGGGCGCGUGGCAGACGACGUGUUCACCCUGGACUACAACUACCCACUGUGUGCACUUCAGGCCUUCGCCAUCGGGCUUUCCAGCUUCGACAGCAAGCUGGCCUGCGAAUGAGGGACACGGCGGGGGCCGGGCUUCCUCACUCAGAGCUCUCAGUCACCUUUGCUUCUGCCCCAGGACAUGAAGAGCGACUGCCUGCCCCUUUGGGAGUAAUCCCUGAAUGUAUGUAUGUAUCUCUGUGUGCGUCUACACGUGUGUGUGCACAUAUGUACACGUGUAUCCACGCGCAUCUGUGUACACACGCCCCCAGCUUCUCUGGGUUUCACAGACCUGGUCAGGGGUCACAGCUGAACACGGGUGAGAGAGUGUUCAAAGCCCACAGAGGUUCUUGUUCAGAGCUAUGCCCAGCAGAUUCUGUGCCCUCGAGAGUCUGACUCCCUACGCUUGUGCAGCUCGAAUCAGGUUCUAAUGAUUAAAUACUUGGGUCUUUUUUCUUGAAGACCUUUGUCCUGAGUGGGAUAGUUCUCUAAAUUGCCUUUGGUCUUCAGUCCGCAAACUGGUUUCAUAACGGCCAGACAGGCUCCCACAGCCGCAGACACAGCGAUGGCCCGCUCGUAAACAGACGCGUGCGGCUGUGUUCCACUGAAACUUUAUUUACAAAAAUAGGGCAGAUUUGGUCCGUGGGCUGUGGUGUGCCGACCCCUGCUCCAGAUAUAUUUCUGUAAGCUACAUGGCCAUCUUCCAGAAUUGGCCUGUGGUCAUGAUAUCGUGUGAGUGGGAAAUGCCUAUCUCUAGGAAGCAACAGUCCCACAGAUUGGAUCCAAAAAGGCUACAUCCAUCCACAUACCUUGUUUUUUUUCUAUUUUUUAUUUUUUAAGUAAGUUUUAUGCCCAACAUGGGGCUUGAACUCAUGACC